AUGGACUCGGACGAAGAGCGGAACGAUGCCCACGAGGCCGUACCCAAGCAUCAAUUGCACCAUCAACAGAAGCCACCCCGCGAUGCCUCCUCCAUCUUCUACCAUCACCGUCUCGGUUCCCUUGCCCCUCCGCUCUACGAGUUUGAGACCUCGCCUGCUUACAUGCUCGAAUGGGAUCCCAAGAAACAAUGCCGGCGAACGAUUAUUAGCAGUCCAGACGUCCUGCGUGAGUUGAUAUCAGGCUUGGACAAGGAUGGAACUGUUACUUUGUUUGUUGUCCAUGGCCUCCCUGCGAACUACGUCGACAUCCUCCGCAACAGUGAGGAGCUCAGCAUUGACUCUGCGUUUCUGGACGCACAUGCUGCCCGGAGAAGCUACUGUUCACGCUCCGGCCUGACUCUCCCUCGCAGACGAGGUCUUUCGAAAAUCAGAAGCUCCAAAGCAGGCUGCUUCGCGCAGUUCGAGUACCCCGAGUUGAUACAAGGAUUCGAUCAUGCCUCGAUGGCCCGACGAGAGACUCAUCACAGCCCUAGAGAGGGUCUCGAUGGUAUUGAUCUGAUGGCCACCGUUCCCAAAGUCCUACCUUUGACAGAAGAGGGGAAGCAACAAAAGGGGAUGGCGGCAGCCCUCUACCGAGCAUCUCUAUGGAUCAGUUCUGUUCAGCAACACAGCCCCCGGGCUGGAGUACUGUUCUUGGAUAAGCCGCUCUGGAGGGACGCUGCUCCGUCACAUUUGCGAAAGGCCUCGUUUCCUACGGCCAAGAAGACAGGCCCUGUCAUGGAAGCACAGAGACCUCGAGUUGCCGCCGUCGACGGAUAUGACGAUCGUGAAGAAGAAGAGGUCCCAUGUCUGGAAGACUUGGUUUACGAAAUGCUCUGCCACAACGUCGGCGAAGACACGCAGGUGGUUGAUCCGGCAAGCUUCGUCGUGGAUGUCCUGUCUGACAUCGUCUACAAUCACUGGCUCGAGUUGUUCGAGGUAUUGGCGCCCCCGACGGCUUCGCAGCCGAAGUUCAUUGAGAGAGAAGUGUCAAAGAGCAUCACUCUCUAUUGGCAUAUGGUGCAGUCACUUGAGCGGAACGCCGAUGACACUGCUUUCUACACCGACCACCAGGGUCGCAUCAAGGGAACCGAGAGAGGUUCCUCAUCUGGACCGGAUUGGAGGACGCUUCUUUCUCGAGCUAAGCGCCGAAUCGCUCUUCUCAAUGCAUCACCAGGUGUCCCCAUCCUCUUGCCUAUCCCCACACCUCCCGAGAACCCACCGACAUGCGUGACCCAGGAGAAGAUUAAGCCGCCGAAAAAGAGGUCAACGGCUUUGAACUCUACAGCGAGGUUCACCAACAUUCCUCUAUCCAGGACGACAACACCGGGUAACAACCUGAACCGGAUAGCAACCUACGCAAGCCUAACACCUCAACGCAGCCACCUUCAUCGCAUCAACUCCCGCCAGCAUGGCACAUCCGACAAAGAAUCUGCCGAUAACCGGCGGGCCCUUGAGCGCAUCUCUUACCUAGGUGGUAUCCUACUUCCGUUCCCUAUUGUCUCUGGGAUUCUCUCCAUGGAGGACGAGUAUGAGCCCGGCGGUCCCAAGUUCUUCAUCUUUUGGGCAAUUGUCAUUCCACUCUCCAUCAUUGCCUGCCUGAUCAUCUAUGCGGACAUAGUCCGCAAGGCCGAAGUUUGGGUUGAGGUUGCGACUGAACGGGUGGUAGUGAGUUCACUUUCCAGUGCGGCUGCAGUCUUUCCUUACCCUCUUCCUCUCCCUGCAGGAACGGAGAUUACUGAUAAUGGGGAUACUUGUGGGACUGAAGUUACCAAUGUUGAUGGUAACAGGGGUCAAAAUGAGACGGAAGAAGCGACCCCUACAGGCUUCCUCUCUUUGAAGACAUGGCGUUGGUGGAUCGGAAAACUUAUCUGGCAGAAGCACAGACGGAUGAAGAAACAAAUGGAGAUGCGACGCCAUCCAACCCAUGACCAUGCCGUGGAAGUCAACCUGGAUCAAGAGGAGAGUCGCAGCCAUCCUCAUCGAAGAGAACAAACAGACGAGGAGCAAGCAAUCGGAUUUAACCCUUUCGUGGGAAACACAGGCAGAACCGGAUUUUAUCCUCCGCCUGGUACUGCUUCACCGACUGCUCAACCGGUCCCUCAGUCGGAUCUACACGGACAACGUCCGUCUUUACCGCCCUCUUUCCAGCUACCAACGGCUACAGCCAGUCACUAUGGUGAUAGCAACCUUCAAGACAAUGAGCAUGGCUUGAUUCAGGAAACUGUAGACACAACUCCGAUCACGCCACUCUCGCCCGGCCACGUUCAUCUGAUGAUGAUGCCCCCGGGAAUGACUAUGGCACAAAACACCAGUUACCCUGAUCCUCAGAGACGUGUGGGAUUUGAUGCAGACACGGAAACCGAGACUCAGAUGGAUGAGUCAGAAGAGGGAUCGGCGUCGGGAGAAUCGCUACCUCGUGUCAUUCUGGAAAUGAUUCCGUCCAACGGGAUCAAACCGAAGGCGUGGAAGAGACAAGAAUUGGGCUGGUACGGUGCUGUCAAGCGCCUUGUAAACCCCAGGCAACUGAGAGCGCUGGAGGAUGUGCCAGUAGGCGUGGAAGCGCACGAGAGGCAGAACAGUUCGGCCAGUAGUAUGAGGAGAAGGAAGACCAGGACUUACUGA